GGAUAAAGAAAACAUGGCAGAUUCAAUUCUGGUUGUUGCGAAUCUGUGAUGGUGUGACAUCCCAUCUGUUUUGCCGUCAACAUUUCGAGGUUAUUUUAAAAUUACAGUGCUAAAUUAAAAAUUAUGUCUAAUUUGGAACUUCUUGAACCUUCUUUAAAAAACAUAAUCGAACAAACCACUCUAAAGUGGAUUUUCGUGGGUGGUAAGGGUGGUGUUGGUAAAACAACAUGUAGUUGCAGCUUAGCUGUGCAGUUAUCCAAGGUUAGACAAUCAGUGUUGAUUAUAUCCACGGAUCCAGCACAUAAUAUUUCAGAUGCCUUUGAUCAAAAGUUCACCAAAGUCCCCACUUUGGUUAAGGGGUUCACUAAUUUAUAUGCCAUGGAAAUUGAUCCAAAUGUGGGUGUUAAUGAGUUGCCUGAAGAAUAUUUCGACGGUGAAACAGAUGCAAUUAAACUAAGUAAAGGAUUUUUCCAAGAAAUAAUUGGCUCAAUCCCCGGUAUCGACGAGGCAAUGAGUUACGCUGAAGUGAUGCGUCUUAUCAAAGGCAUGAACUUCUCCGCCGUCGUCUUCGACACAGCCCCAACCGGUCACACGUUACGUCUUCUGUCGUUCCCGCAGGUCGUGGAAAAAGGACUGGGCAAAUUGCUCCGAUUAAAAAUGAAGCUGACACCCCUCAUGACGCAAUGCAGCACGCUAUUCGGCAUGACGGACUUGACCGCCGACAAUUUCACUUCAAAAUUAGAAGAUAUGCUGGCCAUUAUCAAAACCAUGAAUGAACAGUUCCAAAACGCGGAUCAGACCACUUUUGUGUGCGUUUGUAUUGCGGAGUUCCUGUCACUGUAUGAAACCGAACGACUUGUACAAGAGUUAACUAAAUGUAAAAUAGACACUCAUAACAUUAUAGUCAAUCAGUUGUUGUUCAAGAAGCCUGGUGAGGCGCCUUGUAAAAUGUGCUCUGCAAGAUAUAAAAUACAAGAGAAAUAUAUAGAUCAAAUUAACGAUUUGUAUGAGGACUUUCAUGUGGUCAAGUUGCCGCUUCUAGAUAGAGAAGUACGCGGUGUCGAAAGCGUUAAAGCUUUUUCUGAAAAUUUAAUAAAGCCUUACACAAUUUAGUAUAAUGUACAUUAUAAUAGUAAUCUUAUUUUAUUCAAAUAUUGGGAUAAUGUGGUCUUAUUUUUACUGUCUAGUUAUGUCUUUUUAUAAAUUGUAUUUUAGUGCACAUUUAUAUACACUCUUUUAAACGAUUAUUGUCCCAUACUUUGGUGUGGUUGUGUUUCUAUUUAAAAAUUUAAAUAUAGUACUGAAAGCAAUGGAAAACGCCAAAACUAAUAUAUAAAUAUACAAAUAUUUAAAUUUAUUAUUAUUUAUUUGCACCUCUUUUAGGUAUAAAGAAUCACAUUUUGUUCAAUCAUUUUAAUCUUUCUGUCUUAAUUUGUUCAUUUUUGUAUUACAUAUUAUAUUUAUCAUAUUUUAGAAGUAAUUUAGGUAUCUUAAAGAAGUCCAUAUCAUAAAAGUACAUUAAGCUGUUAAGUCUCAAAUGAUUUUUUUAAUGUAUAAGGCUGUGCAAUAUUCUUUAUAUACACCUGUAAUUAUAUUGGUGAUUGGGUGACAAAGUGUACUUGUUUUAAUUAUUUUGAAACUAUUUUGAUGUUUAAUGGUUUUGUAAAUAUGAAAAGUAACGAGUUUAUAAUAAACAGCUUAAUUCAC